GUUCAUCUCUAAGUCAACUGUGCGUAUUAACAAUUUUUCGAGGAAUUUUAUUUUUCUGCGGAUUUAGCUUUAAAUAGGAAUACUUGGUGCAGCAAUGGGCGGACAUCACGGAGAACCCUACACAGUGCCACAUGCGUCUGCCUACAAGGUGGAGAACGUGCCCCAGCUGGUGGAGGUGAAGGAGGCCCUGGGACGCCAAGGACUGAAGGAUCCCUGGCUGAGGAACGAGGCCUGGCGCUACGAGCCCAAGGCCUUCGGCACCCACAGAAGCCGCCUGAACGCCUUCCUCUUCCGCGGAGUCGGCGUGGGAUUCGCCGCCUUCCUCGCCACCUGCGCCGUGGAGUACGCCUUGGGCAUCGGCAAGGGCCAGGGUGGACACGGCCAUGGUCAUGGACACGAGGAGCACGACGACAAGGGCCACCAUUAGCUAUUUUGAAUAAACCCCAUUGUGUUAUCGA